AGGAGGAGCAGUCAGUCCAGGCUCAGUAGAUGAUAUCACUGUGUAGCUCGCUGCCGCUCUCAUAUACACAGCUGCAAUCCUGCUGCUGCUGCUGCUCCCCUCGCCUCUAUUCCAAGGCAAGCACACCCAGGACCAGGAGGGGAGGCGCGCGCCGCUGUCAUCCCUAUUGUUCAUCCUUCUACCAGGUGGAGCUCCUCAAGUCAUCCUGGAGUAAUAAAGACAAGAGAUCUCUGCUAUGUCUCUAAUGUCCACAUCAUGUCUUCUGGGGACAUUCUUACUUAUUCUGCUCUGCAGCAACAUCCAGACCUUGGAUUUACCUAAAGACUAUGAAUUUCCAGCAACACAAUUAUUUCCUCCGGUUUUUAUCGAGCAGCCCCCCAAAAAGUAUCUGGUGUACCCGAGCGAUGAUAUUGUACUCAGAUGUGAAGCGAAAGAAAACUCCAAAGCAACGUACACGUGGCAGAAAGAUGGGCAGCCGUUAGACCUAAAUGACACCAGAAUAACACGUAAAGAGCGUUCGGGGACUUUGACUAUUUCCAAUUCCAAUGGGAUGAAGGAUUUCCAGGGGACGUACCGUUGCUUCGCCAGUAACGAGCUUGGCACGGCGGUGUCCAAUGAGAUACGGGUUAUCACAGAAGCUACCCCUAAAUGGCAGAAAGAGACCAUACAACCAGUUACAGCUGAAGAAGGAGACUCCGUUGUGCUGGCCUGCAAUCCCCCCAAAAGUGCUGUACCCCCACGGAUCUUCUGGAUGAACAGCACUCUCUUACAUAUAAUUCAGAAUAAUCGUGUCACUAUGGGAAUGAAUGGGAACCUCUACUUCUCUAAUGUCAUAGCGACUGAUCACCAUCCUGACUACAUUUGCCAUGCUCAGUUUCUCGGAGCCCGAACCAUUGUGCAGAAGGAGCCGAUUGAACUCAAAGUCUUACCAACUAACUCAGUCAAGUACCGUCUGCCCAAAAUGAUGAUGCCAGUAGGGAGCUCAAGUCAACACUUGGCAUUGAAAGGCAAUUCUCUGCAGCUAGAGUGCAUCUCCGAGGGAAACCCCACCCCAGAGAAUGAGUGGAUAUCUAUUACUGGAACAAUGGAUCCAAAACGUUUUCGUUUUGAUGAGUAUAAGAAGGCUCUUUAUAUUGAAGAUGUCCAAGAUGAGGAUGAUGGAGAAUAUGAAUGUAUGUCCAGAAACACAGAAGGCGAAGUGAAGCACACAUACACUGUCAAAGUGGAGGCUGCUCCCUACUGGAUUAACAGGCCCAAAGAUGAAAUCCGAAGCCCAGGGGAGCAUGUAAAAUUUACCUGCGAGGUUGAAGGGAAACCCAAGCCCAAGGUCACAUGGAAGAUAAAUGGACAACCCAUAACAGCCGCAGAUCUGGGUCCAAAUCGCAGAAUGGAAGGUGGAAGUUUAAUAAUGCAGAACCUGCAGACAAGUGACACUGCCGUGGUUCAGUGUGAAGCACGCAAUAAACAUGGACACAUACUAGAAAAUGCCUACAUCUAUGUUGUUGAGUUGGCCCCAGAUAUUCUGACUCCAGACAGAAUGAACUACACUGCGGUGGAGAACACCAAUGUUUUCUUGCACUGCAAAUUUUUUGGUUCCCCUUCUCCAGUCACUCACUGGUAUGACAAGGAUUUAAGGUCAGUGGUGAUGAGGGAUAGCUUCGACAUCCUCACUAAUGGCACCAUGGAAAUCUCAGACGUGACCAGUGAAGACGAAGGAACCUACUACUGCACAGCCUCAAACAGCCAGGGCAACAUGACCAUCUCUGCGUAUUUGGAAGUCAGAAAUGCUACUUGGAUAAAAAUUCCCCCAGAAACCCAACGAGUGAGAAAGGGUGGAAAAGCAACCUUUGAGUGUAGACCGAUAUUUGACAUCAGGAUGGAAAGGAAUAUAGUGGAAUGGAAGAAGGACGGCAUGCUGAUUCUGGAAGAUGAUGAUGAUGACAAGUAUUUUAUUGAAGACUUCUCUCUGAGUAUAGCCAAUGUACAAGAAGACGACCAGGGGACAUAUACGUGUGUGGCUCGUAGUGAACUGGAUGUGGUGGAGAAAAAUGCGGUUCUUGUGAUGAUUGAUCUUCCAGAACCUCCCUAUGAUUUGGAGCUUUCAGAUCUUCAGGACACAAGUGUCGUCCUCACCUGGACCCCAGGAGAAGAUAAUAACAGCCCCAUUGAAGAUUUCGUCAUAGAGUUUGAAGAAGCUAUGUUUGAGCCUGGAACAUGGCAUGAACUAACCCGGGUGGAUGGGGAUGAGAACUCGGCCCGACUGACUCUCUCGCCCUACGUCAACUAUCAAUUCCGAGUUAUAGCUCUAAAUGAACUGGGACCAAGCAAUGGAAGCAAACCAUCGGAUCGUGUUCAGACUCCCCCAGCAGCUCCUACAAGGAAUCCUGUUGAUGUCCGAGGAGAAGGUACUCAGUUAAACAACAUGAAGAUCACAUGGAAGCCUAUGAAUGGACUAGAUUGGAACGGGCCUGGAUUUGCAUACAUUGUAAAGUGGAGGCAGCAGGGUCGGAAUGAGCAAUGGAAGGAAAAGACGGUGGAAGAGAAUUUUCUGUUUGUACAUGACACCCAAACCUUUGUACCUUUUGACAUCAAAGUCCAGUCUGUGAAUGAUCUUGGCAAGGGUCCAGAACCUAAACUUGUCACUGGUUACUCAGGAGAAGACUACCCCACCAUAAUCCCUGAAAAUAUAGGAUUAGAGGCUAUGAAUGACAGCACUAUCAAAGUGGCCUGGUUACCAGUGCAGCCAAAAGGUCUGAAUGGCAGACUAAAAGGAUUUGUGUUAGAAUAUGUUGCUCAAAAUGAAAAGAACAAAAACAGGAUCACUGCACAUGGAAAUACUACCCAUACAAUCCUUUAUGGUCUGAAGCCCUUCACCAACUAUUCCGUAACAGUCCAUGUGCUCAAUGGGAAAGGAGUGGGUGCCGGAAGUGAGACCCAAACAAUACGGACUGAGGAGGGAGUUCCAUCACCCCCCACUGGUCUGCGCAUUGACCGGCUUUCUGAAACCUCAUUGGCGCUAUUCUGGGGGCCACCUAUCCAUCCCAAUGGAAUCAUAACAGGCUAUAAAAUAUCUCACCAUCUGGUGAGCAAGGAUAACACAGACUCAUUUCUGCUGCAAACAAUCAAUGACCCCGCACAGCAGAAUUGGACCUUCCACAACAUGAGCACCAAAGACACUUAUAAGUUCUAUGUCUAUGCCAAGAACUCUGCAAGAGAAAGUCUACCUGCUGAGAUAGUAGGGAGCACGAUGAAAGAGCCAGAAUUUCCACCAGUUUUGAACAUCUCUCUCACAGCAACAUCUAAGUAUAUAACUUUAAAAUGGAGACCACUGGAAAGGCAGAGAAAUAUUGAACUUAGGGUAGAGAUUAAGAAGAACAGCAGUGAUUCAUGGAAGCAAUAUGAUGUAAACGCUUCUGAUGCAGAAUUCAGAAUUGCUGAGCUUCAACCUGGUGAAAAUUAUUUUGUUCGUCUUUUGGCAUUAAAUCAGACCCGUUAUCAAGAAUUCUGGGGAACCAAGACUGAAACUAUGGCGUCAGCACUGUCGGAGUAUGAGAAGGGAUUUGCAACACAGGGCUGGUUUAUUGGUCUGAUAAGUGGCAUUGUCCUGGCACUGCUCAUCCUGGUCAUCUUGUGCUUCAUCAAACGUAGCAAAGGUGGAAAAUAUUCAGUGAAGGAUAAAGAAGACACUCAAGUGGAUUCUGAAGCUCGUCCAAUGAAAGAUGAAACAUUCGGGGAGUACAGUGAUAAUGAUGAGAAACCAUUCACUAGCAGCCAACCUUCCCUCAAUGGUGAUGUCAAGCCCCUAGGAAGCGAUGACAGCUUGGCCGACUAUGGUGGGAGUGUGGAUGUCCAGUUCAAUGAGGAUGGUUCCUUCAUUGGCCAAUACAGUGGCAAAAAGGAGAAGGAGGCUGCCGGGGGUAAUGACAGCUCUGGUGCCACCUCACCGGUUAAUCCGGUUAACAUCACAAUCGAGUAAAAAUAAAAUAAAUUAAAAAACACAUUUUUGAUGGAGGAAGGUUUUAGGGGAAAAAUAUCAGAAGGAACACUGGGGGGGCUGGAUGGAUCUGGAGAAUUUAUUUUCCGCUUAAACCAUUUUGGUGCCAGAGUAGCAAUUCGUAUAUUAUGUGGUAAGUCUCUCUCGCACCAAACGGGUCGAACUGCUGUACUAUUUUUGGACUGCAACUCCAUGACAUGUGUAUUAAGCAAACAAAAGCAUUGAAGGAGAAAAAUGGAUAGGUGCCAACAGAUUCUGCAGAGGAUGGGUACCAAGUGUUCUCAUUUUAUUUAAUAAAAAUGAACGGGAAAAAAAAGGUGAAAAACGCAACAAAUGAAGGAUAAACAAAAUGGACGUUCAUCGAUAAAUGUGAAAAAAGACAAAAAAAAUAGAAAAACCAAAGGAAGAAAAAUAAUAAUAAAAAAAUGCAUUUCUCUCUUUCACGCCAAGUUUCGCAUUCACAAGAGAACUGUGUUACUUUUCUAUGGUGUCUUUUCUUUGUAAUGGUCUCUUUCAGUGUGUGUGAAAUUCACAAGGGAUCCGCUCUGUGGGUCUUAUAAUCUGAGCGCAGCUUGCCAAAAGAACAAAAACAAAAAAACAACAAAAAAAAAGAAACAAAAAAAAAAAACACGGAUUCUGAACAAUGUAUGCGUAUGUGUGCUUUUCCAAACAUGGCAAAAAUCUUCUGUAUGUCUCGCUAUCAUAAUGUACCUUCAUCAUGCCAUCUGUCCAUCAAUGAGCCAGAUUCUGGGGCGACCAUUAGCUCCUCCCCUUGUAAACACAGCGAGUUCCCCUGGAAGAAGAAAGGAGUAAUGGAAAAAAAGUAUUAUUUUUUUAUGCUCUUUAGUUUACAGCCUCUGGUCUGGAAGAGAAGGGGCAUUCACUUGUGAGACGUUUGCACAAAAUGCACGUCUGAUAUCACAAUAUUCCAGUGGGUUGUUGACUUGCCAUGGUAAGUAGCAUUUUUUAAUACAAGAUAGGCUUAUUUAAUUCCAUGGGGCAAAUAGUAGGACCAGAAAUUAGCCAAUGGCAACCAUGCAGUUGCCCUCUAUGAAUCCAACUUGGGGGUCUACGAAAAGUGAGUAUUUCCCUAUUACUAAUGGUUACAGUAUAUUUGCACUAUAGGCACCAGGCUAUUACAUAAGCAUUACAAUGUUACUUCAGCAACCUUCAGACACUCUGUUCUGCAUGGUGUGCAUCUCAGGAGCAAUGAAGGCAACGAACCGAUUCAACCCCUAUGUUGCGAUGGAGACCUGCAAUUCAUGACUGGUUGCAAGGCCUUCUUGAUACUAAGGGGUCCGGCCAUUGAUUACAGGGUUUAUUGCAUACUCAAUGCAGAACUGGUAAGCAACUGAUACGCAGUAGAGAAUCAUGCUGGUCUAUUUCAAGACAAGCAAGGUUCUUCUCUUUCCUUAGGAUGUCAGGACCAAAGGAGAACAAUUUCUUUGUAUCCCAAUGUCUUUUCUCAGGGGCAGGUGCAGCAUUAUAGCUAAGGUGCUUACUUGGGGAAUCCAUCCCAGCCACCUUAUCUCCCUGUGCCUCGGGGGUCUGCCCUGUGACUAUUAUUACCCAUUGCCCCCCCCCCCCCCCCCCAUGUUUCUGCAGGAACAAGCAGCAGUGUUUCCACCUCAGAGGUGGCUGCCUGGAGACCUCAACAGGAUAUUUCCAGACAGAAGUGCUGUGUAUAUAUAAAGGGUAUCAUUCGUCUCCGCUGAGUAACCAUCACCCCUGUCUGUUAUCACAUUUAACCGUGGUUGUUGAAUUUGUUUCAUUUUUUCUUUUUAUUUUGAGUCUUGUCAAACAGAAGGGGAAAGUUAUGUGAAGGAGAACAAUAUACUAUCCUACAGUGCCAGGAAAAAAUAUGAUAAAAUGUGUUUAGUUAUGGGAGUGGCUGCAUUAUGGAGUAGACUAAUGCUCUCUGUAAACCAUCAUCUAUGGUCUAUGAUGGACAUCAAGAUUACUUCGGGUUCUAGUUGCUUAUAAACUUCUCACCAUAACUGACUUUCCAGACACCAUGGUAAACAGGUUGGCAUCUAUGAAUUUUGAAUAUAGGCUAAUGAAUGAAGAGCUACCUUUCAGAUCUUAACAAUGGAUAAUCUAUUGCUAAACAAAUAUGUAAAUUGAGAUACAGUAUGGAAAAUAGGCCAGUGGCUUGCUAGCAGUCCUAGAGGGCGUUCUACAAUGGCUAGGCAGGGGAGGGCUUCCAUCGUGGUUUUAAAUGGUUCACAGCUACCAGAAAAUCCUUGUCCCAAGUUUUUAGACAAUAAUGGACCCCAAUGAAAAAGCAAGAACCAUCCCAAGAAUUGACUUUGAACACAUCACUUCCAAUCUACUUCUUAUAAAUUGUUUAACAAAUAAUCUACUACAAACCUUAUUGGUGAUAUGUCAAGCGUGUGCAAUUGUAACAUUUUCAAUUAAAUUAAAAUUGGGCAUCUAGAUAGAAUGUAAGUCCACAGUAUAAUUCUCUUUGUUAGUUCCUAGGAACCCAAGUCCAACAUUGGUUGCCAUUCGUUGCUUGGAAUCCAUACGAUAUCCAUGAUGCCAGGUGUCUCUUAAAGGGCUUGUCCUGCGUAAUAAAUCUUUUCUAAAAAGGGGCAGACUGGGUUACAGUAAUGAAAUUAAAGGAUUACUCAUCUCACAGAUCACUUACUACUCCCAUUACGACGCUCACAGAGUUCUUACUGAUUUCUAUUUCCUGGUUCCAUCUCAACAUACAGGAAAUGGCUGGAAAUGCCCACUCAGCAAAUCACCGGCUAAGGUCAGUCAACUCCACCGCCCUGGCUAAGGUCAGUCAACUCCAACUCCACAGUCAUUGGGUGUGCAAGGAUUUCCUUUCAUUUCCUGUAUGUGAAAACAUAACCAGGAAGUCGGGAAACAAGGCAGCACUAAAAUGGAAAUGGAGGGAAAUUGUGUGAUAAGUAAUGCCUUUUUCUUUUCAUAAUCCAGUUGCCACUUUUUUGUUAAAGAGAUUUAUCCACCAGACAACCCCUAUAAUGGAUUAUUCCUAAUAUAGACAUUUGUGGCAUAUCCAAAACGUUUCUAGAUCUCUACUGAUCCCACAACCCGAUCUGGUGGUCAGACAUCCCCACACAUACUGUUGCAGUAGAUUUGCCAUAAAUAUCUGUAAUGGGAUUAACUCUUUAUUCUCUGUAUGACUGCUUAAGCUCCACAGCCUCCCAUAACUAUAACAAGUGACCAAGUAAACCUUGAAUUCUCUCCACAGUGCACCAUUGAAUCAUAUGCAGUUGUUUAUUCGAUUUCUCAUUUUGCUGAUGAUUUUUGUAACAUAGCACACGUUUAUUUCCUUGUAUGUAAUAUUAUAUAAAACUUUGAAUAGUGGAUUCUGAGGUAUGUCUGAUAAAAGGGAAAAAAAAAACCUCAUGUGAGGUAAAAUUAAUGUAAAGUAUAAUGUUUAUAUGGGGUUGAAAGUGUUUUAAACUGAGGAUUACGGUAUUGACAUACGAGAAGGUUAAAAACUGUUCAUUCAAUCUUUUACCAGAACUGCCAUUUCUUACAUGAUAUAUAUAUAUAUAUAUAUAUAUAUAUAUAUAUAUAUAUAGUCACUAUCGUUCCAUUAUAGCCUGGAUUAGACAGCUAAUUGGCCUCUUUUACUUGACCACAAAUCGCAGCUGGUUGAUGAGGCAAUCUUGGACUUCUAGUUGGACACCAGUUGGCCACAAGUUGUGUUCCUUCUUUCCAACUCAAGCGCUAUCAAAGAUGAACAGCAUAAAUAACACUUCAUAUCCAAUUCUUUGGUUUUUAACUCAGCUCAGAGGGAACAACACUGCUGUGGAGGGAAUUUUCCUGACAUUGUUCUAUGGACAGUGCACGUGAAUGCUCAGACUUGGUGUUAACCCUCUAGUUCUGAAAGGAAAAAAAAAGAUAAUUAACACUUUUGCGGUCAGGGGUGGAGGCUGCAGACACCCUUGGAAGUGAAGGGGUUAAAGGGAAAUCAAGAAGCACCAGGGCAGGUGCGUGAUGUACCUUUUUGAAUGUAAAUAGUGUUUCUGAAGUUUGUAUCUGCCGGUAGUGUAUAGGCCUCUGUAAGUCCCUGUCUAUAGCUUGGUAUUGUUAAAGAAAAAUACAAACUAUAUCAUGAUACAAA